AUGUCAAACCCGUGCGGCGGUAGCACUAUCGGUGUGCGCAUGGAGGCGUCUCAAACGGGGAGGACUCAAAACCCGCCGGGUCCAGAACCUGCUGAUGGGUCUCGUAACCUGAACAAACAAAACCUCCCCUCGGUCAUUCGCUCAGAACCCCACGGGCAAAACCUCCACCGCUCGGAACAUUUAGAGGCCGACGGGCAAAACCUCCACCGCUCGGAACAUUUAGAGGCCGACGGGCAAAACCUCCACCGCUCGGAACAUUUAGAGGCCGACGGGCAAAACCUCCACCGCUCGGAACAUUUAGAGGCCGACGGGCAAAACCUCCACCGCUCGGAACAUUUAGAGGCCGACGGGCAAAACCUCCACCGCUCGGAACAUUUAGAGGCCGACGCCGCCCUCAGACUGAUAUUCCAUGCACCGUGUCCACAUCCUCCACCACCAUGUCCACGUCCUCCUCCACCAUGUCCACAUCCUCCUCCACCAUGUCCACGUCCUCCUCCAUCAUGUCCACAUCCUCCUCCACCAUGUCCACGUCCUCCUCCACCAUGUCCACAUCCUCCUCCACCAUGUCCACAUCCUCCUCCACCAUGUCCACAUCCUCCUCCAUCAUGUCCACAUCCUCCUCCACCAUGUCCACAUCCUCCUCCAUCAUGUCCACAUCCUCCUCCAUCAUGUCCACAUCCUCCUCCACCAUGUCCACAUCCUCCUCCACCAUGUCCACAUCCUCCUCCACCAUGUCCACAUCCUCCUCCAUCAUGUCCACAUCCUCCUCCACCAUGUCCACAUCCUCCUCCAUCAUGUCCACAUCCUCCUCCAUCAUGUCCACAUCCUCCUCCACCAUGUCCACAUCCUCCUCCACCAUGUCCACAUCCUCCUCCAUCAUGUCCACAUCCUCCUCCACCAUGUCCACAUCCUCCUCCAUCAUGUCCACAUCCUCCUCCAUCAUGUCCACAUCCUCCUCCACCAUGUCCACGUCCUCCUCCAUCAUGUCCACAUCCUCCUCCACCAUGUCCACGUCCUCCUCCAUCAUAUCCACAUCCUCCUCCACCAUGUCCACAUCCUCCUCCAUCAUGUCCACAUCCUCCUCCACCAUGUCCACAUCCUCCUCCACCAUGUCCACAUCCUCCUCCAUCAUGUCCACAUCCUCCUCCACCUCCACCAUGUCCACAUCCUCCUCCAUCAUGUCCACAUCCUCCUCCACCAUGUCCACGUCCUCCUCCACCAUGUCCACAUCCUCCUCCAUCAUGUCCACAUCCUCCUCCACCAUGUCCACAUCCUCCUCCACCAUGUCCACAUCCUCCUCCACCAUGUCCACAUCCUCCUCCAUCAUGUCCACAUCCUCCUCCAUCAUGUCCACAUCCUCCUCCACCAUGUCCACAUCCUCCUCCAUCAUGUCCACAUCCUCCUCCACCAUGUCCACGUCCUCCUCCAUCAUGUCCACAUCCUCCUCCACCAUGUCCACAUCGUCCUCCACCAUGUCCACAUCCUCCUCCACCAUGUCCACGUCCUCCACCAUGUCCACAUCCUCCUCCACCAUGUCCACAUCCUCCU